AUGGCAAUGGCUCACCUUCGUAGAUUCAACUUCGCCGGAGAAUUCCAGCGCGCAGCCACCUUUCAUCAUCCCCCGCCACCGCCGCCGCCGCUGUCAUGGCCCAUUCCAGCUGUCCGUAUCUUCCCCACUGCCCACGGCUAUGUUCUGAUUCCGUAUUCGCCGUACAUCCCUCCGCAGCACUACUACUUGUCGAACAACAAUUACUACGCGACCACGACGACGACGACGACGACGACGAGGAGGAGGUCAACGUAUCAUGUUCAAGAAGAAGACCAAGCCCUGAUUUUCAACGUGAGUAAUAUUCUUCGUAGUCCACGUCAGCAAGAAUAUGCAAGAAGAGUAGUUCAACAUGCAGAUCGGACAGCCGCCGGUUUGUCCGAAGAUCAGAUCACAAAGUGUCUGAAAAUAAAGAUUAAUAAUUCUUGUCCCGAUAUCGCUAAUAAUAAUCGAGACGGCCCGGAAGAGAGUGAUGUUUGUGUGAUUUGUUUCGAUGAUUUGUGCCAAGAAAAUAAUAAGAAUAAUAUCGGAGUUCUCGAGUGCGGUCAUGAAUACCAUUCAGAUUGUAUCCGACGUUGGCUGCGCAUGAAGAACUUUUGUCCGCUGUGUAAAGCCGUCGCGUUUAAGUGUUGUCCUGUACGUAGUUCAUGUUAA